AUGCAGCUGAAGCAAGGUUCCCUAUCUGUGGCGGACUACACAAGCAAGUUUGAGGAGCUUUGUAGGUUUUCUAAGGUAUGUCAGGGUGCCCCAGAGACUUAUGAAAGCUGGAAAUGUAUAAAGUAUCAGAGGGGGCUGAAGGACAAUAUUAUGACUGCUGUGACUCCAAUGGAGAUCCGUUUUUUCUCUGACUUGGUAAAUAAGGCAAGAGUGGUGGAGGAGUAUGCCAAGACCGUGGCGACAUCCAAGGACACUCAUGGAGGGAGCUCUAGUCGGGGGCAUGGCAAGUAUUUUCAUCCGAGGGGUCUGAUUGGUAUAGGUGGGUGCUUCAACUGUGGCUUGCCUGGUCAUUUUGUGAGGGAUUGGACACGUGGGAAGAACCCAAGUGUGGGUCAGAGUCAGCACCAGGGGCAAGUUUUUGCUAUGAAUGCCAAGGAUGAUUCCAAGGCGGAUCCGUUGAUGAGAGGUAUUUAUUUAAUUGGUGAUCAGACCUUAAUUGUAUUGUAUGAUACUGGGGCUUCACAUUCAUUUAUUUUGUUUGCUAAGGUUGAGGAAUUAAGCUUGAAAGUGUCAGAGUUACCAUUUGAUCUGCAUACAAUUCGGUUUAUGCCAGAAGGAGAAAAUGGAGUAGUGAUAGCUGAAGGUUAUUACAUGAACUCGGUGAUGGUGCACUGUAGUGGGGAAGAGUGUCAGGGUUAUAUUCUGUUGGCUGUGAACACAUUAGGUGAUAAUCAAGAACUAGAUCAGAUACCGAUGGUUAGAGACUUUCCGGAGGUAUUCCCAAAAGAUAUCCCUGAAUUCCCACCUCAACGGGAGAUUGAGUUUGAGAUUGAAUUGGUGCCAGGAGCCAGACCAGUGUCGAUUGCGCCAUAUAGAAUGGCUCUGAUAGAGCUAGCAGAGUUAAAGACUCAGUUGGAAGAGCUUCUGAACAAGAGGUUUAUUCGACUGAGUGUAUCACCAUGGAAGCGCCAAUUUUAUUGGUAA